GUAAAUUCGACAUGUACCAUUUUAAAUUUCCAAAUACUAACGUUAAGCGAAUUUUAUUUUUUUGUAAUAACUUUAAUGGAAGAAAAAAAUAUAUACAUUGCAUAGUACAGUUUAUAAGUACAGGUAAAAUUAAACAUUGCUUUUAUGAAGAUAUAUUUUUUUAAAGCAGUAAAACUCACCCCCCUUAAAAAACAAUUAUAGGAUGAAAAAGAAACGUUAUAAUAGCAGAAAAAAUAUUUUAACAUGGCCUGUGAAUAAUCAGGAAGAAUGUAACGGUGGAGAGGCUUCAAGUGUGCUGCCAUCAGUAAAAAAGUACAGUAACAGAGAAAAAAAGAAUACUUUUCUGUUAAAUAAAAUAUUCACCCUAUACGCAUUGGUGUGGACGUAUCAAUUUUUUAAUGAGGACUCGUUUGAACAAUGCGGCAACAAAAUAAAACCAAGCGAUGGUAGCAGCGACAUAAUUGACUUAAGGACCAACAGAUCCCUGUAUGAAGAUACUCCGCUCCAAGCAUUCAAAGAUGAUUUAACAAAAGACGACGUAACAAAAGAUAAUGUAAUAAAUGAAGACUUAAUGGAUAGUUCUUUAAUUAAUAACGGCAUACUGAGUGAAAACUUAAAAAACAGUUUAAGUGGUGCUACCAAUGAGGAUGCUAACAGAGAAAAAGAGAAAAUUAAAUCCAUUUUAUAUUCUUAUAUGGAAAAAAUUGAUGCCAUGCAAGAAGAUAAAUUAUUUUAUAAAUUGUUCAGGAAAUGCCGAGAAGAAAAUGAUGAAAAUUCUAUGAGUUUUUUUUAG